CAGUAACAUGUACAGUGGCGUGACAAAAAACGUAAAUCGUUAAAUCUGCUUUCACCAUUUUUGAAAUAAGGUGGAAUAUGCAAUACUCAGUGUACUAACAGUACGGGCGUUACCUGCAAACUUGAAAAUAUUCAAGUUUUUAUUGUUCUGACAAGAGUUUGGGAAGAUAUUUGAUUGUUGUUGAGGAGGGUGCAUUCGAAGUUCAUGAAGAGCAAUUAGAAAAACCAUAUAAAGGAAGAACAGGAAAGAUAUAUGAUGAAGGCGUUUUUCUGAUGCGAAAUAAUUUGAAAAUGAAAGCUCUCACCAACUGUAAAGUUUGGAUACUUCUGCAGAAUGCAUUCAGGUCUAUUAUUAAAGAGUCAGGGGAGAAUAUAGAAAAUUUGGAAUUUUUGAAAACCUUUCCGUGGUUCAGGAACGUCGAUGAUGAAGUGCUUUCGAAAAUAUCAGCUGCCAAUAAACUUUUAUAUUUCGGUACCAACGAAGUUUUGGAUUUGCAAGUCAACACCUUAUACAUUAUAAGCAAGGGCAAUAUUAAGCUCAUCAAAAAAAAAAUUGGGUUAGUUAAAAAUAAAAAUAUUUCACGAGUGAUGAGUAGAGGUGAUCACUUUGAAGGAAACACCGAGUCGAGUUAUGACUUUAUUGUAUUUAGCCCUGGAGUUGAACUAUUAUCAUUUGAUAUGGAAUAUUUACAACAGUUGAUUGGCGGAAGUGAAUAUUUCAGGCAGGAAACUGUUGCGUGGGGGCCAUUUCAAAAUACUGGUGGAUUAUACAGAGAAGAAUUCUCAGAAAUGAAAUUCGAGGAUUUGAAUAUAUUGGGAAAUCUAGGGGAGGGAAGUUUUGGAAGAGUAGAUUUAGUGAGUUAUUCGAAGGACCCAAGCAAGCAAUUUGCUCUGAAACGAGUUUCAAAGCACCGCACUGUAGACAUACGGCAGGAAGGUUAUGUACUUGACGAGAGGAAAAUUCUCUUCAGUUGUGAACACCCAUUUAUUAUUAGAUUGUACAAAACGUUCCGAAGCAAUAGAUAUAUAUACAUGCUCUUCGAAGCAGGCCAUGGUGGAGAAGUCUUUGAAGUCAUGAAAAAACAUGAUCGUUUCGAUAACGAAACAGCUCGCUUCAUCUCAGCUAGUGCCCUAGAAGCUCUAGACUAUUUACAUAAAAGGGAUUUAAUCUAUAGGGAUCUGAAACCAGACAAUAUGGUUAUCGACCGAUAUGGAUUUGUGAAGCUCAUAGACUUUGGACUAUCAAAGCAUUUGGGUUUCACAGGAAGGACAUGGUCCUUUUGUGGCUCGCCUUUUAUUAUGGCCCCCGAAAUUAUCCUGAAAAUAGGUCACGAUAGAGCUGUGGACAUCUGGGCAUUUGGAGUGUUGAUUUAUGAAUUGCUAAGCGGACAUAAUUUAUUCAGUACAGUCAACCCAAUGAAGGCGUACAGUCAAAUAAUUACAGGGAUCGAAAAAGUUAAAUUUCCUUAUCAGCUAUGGGGCCUACCAGCUGAAGACUUAGUUAGAAAUUUAUGUAAAAAGGAACCAAAUGAAAGACUGGGAUAUCGAAGAAUUGACGAUAUAAGAAAACACAGAUGGUUCGAGGGAUUUAAUUGGUCUGGUCUUAUAUCUCAGACAAUGAAACCUCCCAAGAUUCUUGUUCCCAAAUCGCAGAAUAUUCAUGCCAUGAAUUUGGUGUUGAACGAAGACAAACCCCCUCCAACUCCUCCGAAGGAAAUGUCCAAUUGGGAUGAGAUUUUUGCUUGAAAAUCUUAAAAAUGCACUCUUCUCAUCAAAACUUGAUAACAUCCUUACGAGUGUAGACGCCGACUGUUGCAAGUCUAGUGUAGCCCGUCCUUGGCCUGUUGUUCAUUUUAUUUAUUAAUGACUCACCUGAGUACAUUCCAUCCAGGAUUUUGAAAAUUUUUGCUGACAAUACGUCUAUUGUAGUAUCUGCUGGUUCCAUGGAAGAUCUAAAGAACCAGCUGAAACAUCUCUUUCAGGUGUUUGUGGAAUGGUGUAGGAAGAAUGCACUGAUGGUUAAUAUAGAAAAAACCAAGUGUAUUCAUUUCAAGAUUGAGAGUUCCCAUGAUGGGGUGUUGAGUUUUCAGUUUGAGGGCUUCAACAUCCAAUCAGUGGACUGCACAAAGUGUUUGGCAAUUUUCGUGGAUUGCCUUCUGAGAUGGGAGCAGCAGAUAGAUGCUCUCUGUAGAAGGGGGAAAAGUUCCCGUUACGCUAUUUCGCGCCUAAAGCAAUCCAUGCCGCAGUCAGCAUUAUUUUCAGUGUAUUACGGCCUAGUAUACUGUCACCUUUCAUAUAAUGUGAUUUUUUUUGGUAAAUCUGUGCACACUGAGAGAGUGUUCAUUGCACAAAAGAGGGUAAUGCGCACUAUGUUCAGCAUACCCCAUAGAGAGUCUUGCAAACCUUUUUUUUGCGGCCCACAAGAUUCUCACCAUCCCUAGUAUCUAUAUCCUUCAGUUGUUGAUAUAUAUGAAAACUUACAACCACUUGAUUGACAGAAAUUCAAGGUUCCACAACUAUAAUACUAGACACUUAGAUAUGCUUUGUGUUCCCUUACACAAAACUAGUGAACUAGAGUCAUCUGUCUCAUAUCAAGGUCUCAUUCUUUAUAAUCAUUUUUCAUCCAAAUAUAAAAGCUUGUGUCUGAGGAACACAGAGUCAAAUCACUCCUUUUGAACAAGGCAUACUAUAACGUUGCGGGAAUAUCUGACCCAUAGAUAAUUGUCGUUUCAUGUUUAUUUUGUCUGUUCUUUUACUAGUAGGAGGAUAUUUAGUUAUGAAUAUUUGUAUUUUAAUUUGUUACCUUAAAUGAACAAUCAGUUUCUGUAUUAUGAAAAUUUUUUGUAAAAUUUUACCUAUUUAUUCUGUUUUUAUUAUACUACAAUGUUGACUUGUCCUAUACAUGUAA